AAACAUCAGGCUGCUGCAACAGAUGGCACCAAAUUUCAAAUCUUCAAAGUCAACAAACUUCAAUGUCAACAAACUUCAAACAUGCAUCAUUUGGAAGUUCUGUUCCUCGGCAAGGCUGUGCGGCAAAAUUUUCAUGUGGCGCUUUUUUGUGCUUUUACGAUGUUGCUUUUACGAUCAAAAUUCAUCCUUAACGCCGAAAGACAGGACAGAGUAAAAAAUUCAAUCAACAGCAAAAUCACAA